GGCCACAGCGAGCUCGUUCCUUUUUCUCUCUCUUUCACGCUGGGUAGAUGCAGAACGGGCGCCAUUCUCAAGGGCCUCCAUUCAUCGACACGGGCUACAGACCACGCCAUGACUCCGACGUCGGCUCAGAUGGCGCAAUGACAGAGCGCGGGUGGGGCUCUGCAUCCCUCUCCGAUCCCUCGUCCACGCGCACCAACAACGGCAGAGCAGACACGUCCACCGUCCCCGCCGACUCUGCACGCUCAAACUCGGACGACACCCUCCCCGACACUGGCCCCAUCAUCCCCUACUGGUCCGCCAAACGCCAUCUCACAUGCGGCAACCCGUCCUUUCGCCCCUCAUACGUCAGCAAGCUCUUUCCCUGGCGCGGCUCAGCUCCUGGAAAACUCAAGACCGCCAACGCAGCCUUGGUGCUGUGUCUGAACAUCGACGUUGACCCGCCCGACGUCAUCAAGACCACCCCGUGCGCCGUCCUCGAGUGUUGGGUCGACCCACACACUCUUCCAUCCCACAAGGCCCUCGAAGCCAUCGGCACCAACCUCCAGCACCAGUUCGAAGGCCUCUCCCUCAAAAUCCCGUACAAACCCAUCCUCGACCCCUCCUACGAGGACCUCAGGCGCUUCUGCAUGACCCUCCGCAAGCAAGCCAAGGACGACACCGUCUGCUUCUACUACAACGGCCACGGCGUGCCCAGGCCCACCCCGAGCGGUGAGCUUUGGUGCUUCAACAGGAACUACACCCAAUACAUCCCCGUCUCCCUCAUGGAGAUCCAGGGCUGGCUCGGCUCCCCCGGCGUGUACAUCUGGGACUGCUCCGCCGCGGGGCACUUGCUCACCAACUUCAACACGUUCGCCGAACGGCGCGACCAGGACGCCUCGAUGGCCCGCGGCGGGCACCCCGAGGGCAUGCAGCCGUACAUGAACUCACUUCAGCUCGCCGCCUGCGCUGCGAACGAGCAGCUGCCCUCCUGCCCCGAGUUACCCGCGGACAUAUUCACGUCAUGCUUAACCUCGCCGAUCGAUAUCGCGCUGAGAUACUUCAUCAUGACACACCAGCUCCCGAACAACAUCACGCCCGACAUGGUCAUGCAGCUCCCCGGCGACCUCAAGGACCGGCGCACGCCGCUCGGCGAACUCAACUGGAUCUUCACCGCCAUCACAGACACGAUCGCGUGGACGACCUUCCCGCGCGACAUCUUCACGCGCCUGUACCGCUCGGACCUCCUCAUCGCCUCCCUCUUCCGCAACUUCCUCCUCGCAGAACGCAUCAUGAAGAACUACCACUGCACCCCGCACACGCACCCGGCCCUCCCGUCCACGAACACGCACCAGCUCUGGGCAGCAUGGGACCUCGCCGUGGACACCUGCCUCCGCCAGCUGCCCGACCUGCUCGAAAAGAACACAGUCUCGAUCCCGCCCAAUCCGAAUCCAGGCCAGACGCGGCCGCGCAAGGGGCAGCAGCAGGCACAGGAGCCUGUGCAGACGGUCGCGCCCGAGAAGCAGUACCAAUACGUCCCGAGCCGCUUCUUCACGGACCAGCUCACCGCGUUCGAGGUGUGGAUAUCGCGCGGCGGGUCCGCGCUCACGAAGCGCGGGCCGAUGUCGCUGCCCGUGUCUAGCGACGGGCUCGACGGUGUCAACAGCGACGCUGCCGCGGCCGCGGCCGCCAUUACCUCGCCAUCGCUGCUCGCGUCCUCCCUCUCCCAGAUGUCGACGAGGAGCACGAGCACCGGCAUGUCCACGGGCCCAGGACCGAACAGCGAACACGACCUCGUCCCGCGCAAACCGCCCGACCAGCUCCCGAUCGUCCUCCAAGUCCUCCUCUCACAGCCCCACCGCCUGCGCGCCCUCAUCCUCCUCUCGCAGUUCGUCGACCUCGGGCCGUGGGCCGUGAACCUCGUGCUCACGAUCGGCAUCUUCCCGUACAUCUCCAAGCUGCUGCAGGCCGCCGGGCAGGAUCUCCGGCCCGUCCUCAUCUUCAUCUGGGCGCGGAUUCUGGCGGUGGACCCGAGUGUGCAGGUCGACCUGCAUAAUUCGGGCGGGUACAAGUACUUCGCGAACGUGCUUGCUGUGCCGGACGACGGCGGCCCGCCGCUCCCGCCCGGCAUCGGCGUCCUGCCCCCUCCCCCCGCCGUCUCCGUCGCGUCUGCGACUCCCGGUGCGCCGCGCGUCGCGCCCGCGCUGCCGAAUUCGUCCGAGCACAAGGCGAUGUGCGCGUUCAUCCUCGCGGCCGUCGCGCGCUCGUUCCCGAACGGCCAGUUCGCGUGCCUGCGCGAGCGCGUGUUCGACAACUGCGUGGACUACCUCGACGAGGGCGAUUUCUUGCUGAGACAGUGGUCCGCGCUGUGUAUUGCGCAGGUCUGGGACGCGAACAACGAUGUGAAGGUGUAUGGCGUGGACCGCGGGACGCAGGAUAAGCUGAUUUUGCUGCUGAGCGACGAUAGCCCGGAGGUGAGGGCCGCGGCGCUGUAUGCGCUGGGGACGUUUAUGGGCGCGAGUGGUGGGGCUGCGGACGCUAGUGGUUCUGCGUCCCCGCAGAAAGACAGGGAGAGGGUGGGGGGCGGGGGGAGCGGGACGCAGAAUCAGCUGGACGAGAGGAUUCAUUUCAGGAUGGAGGUUGCGGUCGCGACGGGUGCUGCGCUCGCGGUGAAGGACGAUGCGAGCCCGAUGGUGCGCAAGGAGCUGCUCGUGCUGGUGAGCUGCCUCGUGAAGGAGUGGCGCGGGUAUUUCGUGAUCUGCGCGUGGAUCUACUGGGAGGAGGACCGCAAGUGGCGCGGGGAGUACGCCGCCAACCUCGCUCUGGGCACCCCAGCUACCGGACACGGGGCCGCUGAACGACCGGGAGGGGCAGGGGCAGGGGCAGGGGGCCACAGGGAGGAGGAGAUGACGGCGUACGCGGUGGCGGAGUGGCUCGACGUGUUCGGCGACGACGAGGACGCGCGCGAGGAGAACCGCGUCGUGCUCAGCUCGUUCUUCACCAUCUACGUCAUGCUCCUCGAGAUGACGAUCGACCCGUACCAGGAGGUGCAGGCGCUCGCGCAGACCAUCGCGGACUACAUCAUGGCGCUCCUCCUCGAGUCGCCGUUCCAGAAGCUCGCGUGCACGAGCCUCGACACGCCGCCGGUGCCCGUCGUCGAUGGGCGGUCGCUCUCGGGCGGGUCGGGUGGUCUGGGCGCGGGUGCGGUCAAUGGAGCGGGCGGGCAUACGAGGGUCAGCUCGGCGCACGGCUCGCCGCUCCUCGGUAGCGCACAACCUGCGUACGUCAUCCAAGGCCAGGGCCCUGGCCCCGGCGGCGCUCCAGCGUCGGCCAUCGGCCCCCGGCCAGGUCUCAACCGCGCGGACUCGAUGACGAACACGCUCUCGAGCGCAGCGGGAGGCGCUAUCCGGCGCACGUCGUCCUUUGCGACCGCGCUCAGGAACCUUGCUGGUGGGAUUGCGUUCCCGACGGCUGGUGGAGGCGUCGGCGAGGAGCCGCGCACACCGACGUCGCCUGCGUCGACCGCGUCGGGCUUUGGGUGGGGCGGCCAUGGGCAUGGCGCACCGGGGCUGAGCACGCUGAGGUCGGACAGCACGGGCAAUCUCUCCGGGUCUGGGUUCGGGAGUGCCUCGGGGGGAGUGCAGAAUCCCUACCUCAGUCGACCGCCGUCGCCGAACCUGAACUUGGCGAAGUACGUAUCGCCGUACGCGAGGGCGCCUGCCAACCCUCCCUCUUCCAAUUCCGCCUCCGCCUCCACCUCCGCCGCUGCGACAGCGUCCUCGUCGAACGGGCACCUCCAACCGCAUGCUUAUGCCCAUGGCCACGGGCGCCACGGGCACCACGGACAUGCGUACGGACACCACGGACACGGACACGGACACGGCUACACCCACGCGCGCCGACCGAACUCGCCCGCGGGCUCGAGCGAGGGCUCCGCCUCGGCGGACUUCCUCCCGUCGCACGUGAUGGAGGCGCUCAUGGAGGAGGACCUCUUGCGGCUGCGCGCGCGCCGCCGCGGGACGGCGUCGGCCCCAGGUCAGAGCCAGGGGCGCGGGCGGCAGGGCGGGAACGCUGCUGCGGGCGGGAGCGCGAAUGGCGCUGCGGGUGCUAGUGCGAAUGGAGGGCACGGAGGGCAUGGAGGUGGAGGAGUGCAUGGGGGCUUGAAUAGCCCGGUCGAGAGCACGUUCUCGAUUGAUUCGGCGGCGAGCAGUGUGCUUGCGCUUACGGGCGGGUGCGGGACGGGUGAGGGGCUGAGGGACGCGUUGCCGCUGAAGAGCUCGUUUUUUGAGUGGUGUUGCGAGUAUUUCAAGGAGCCGCAGAUGCGCCAAACGGAGGCGGACGAGCCGGGGAGCGUGCAGUACAACUACCAGGUGUGGCGGCAGCAGCGGAACGAGCAGGUGACGAAUGAGACGCAGGCACAAGCUGCGAUCGCAGGAAGAAAAGUGGAAGAUAACCGGACGCAAUGCGCAGAGACCUCGCGGUGGGACCGCCCCGUCGCAACGUUCAACGUGCAGUGCCAGCCCUUGCUGAUGGCGUUCCACUCGUAUGACCCGCAUCUGGUGGUUGCGAAUGAGAGCGACAUGGUCGGUGUCUGGGACUGGUCGCAGCGCCGACGCCUGAGCUACUUCUGCAAUGGCAAUCCAAAGGGGUCGAGCAUCACGUCAUUGCAUCUCAUCAACCAGGACGUCGGGGGGAUCAUUAUGACUGGCACUUCCGACGGCAUCAUUCGCCUGUUCCGCAACUACGAGCCGCUGCUGGACCAGGGCCCGCUGCAGACCGUCAGCGCAUUCCGCGCGAUCGGCGACCCCGUGCAGGUGCGCAACGGGUCGGGGCUCGUGGUUGACUGGAAGCAGUCGGGCGGGACGCUUCUUGCGGGUGGGGACUCGAGGAUUAUCCGGGUGUGGGACGCGCACACGGAGACGCAGGUGCUUGAUCUGGAGACGAACCACGACUCGUCGGUGACGACGAUGAUGUCCGGGUACGGGUCAUCGUCGACGUUCCUUACUGGCUUCGCCGAUGGUGCUGUGAAGGUGUUCGACCGCCGGCUGGAGGAGGAAGAUGCGGUCGUGCGGUCGUACAGCCGGCAUCACUCUUGGGUGCAGCGCGUGCUGUACCAUCCGAGAUUCGGGAGCCAGUUUUUCUCCGCGAGCUUGGACGGCGAAGUACACCUGUGGGACAUCCGCGGCGCCGACCGCCCGCUGCAGACGUGGGACAUGCACCAGAGCGGGCUCGCGUCGUUCGAUCUGCACCCGCUCGCCGGUGUAUUCGCAACCUCCUCGGCGCUCCUCGCGUCCAGCUGGCGGCAGCAGAAGAUCAAGAUCCACUCCGUCUCGGAGCCGAGCCCGCUCUCGACGGUCAACGUCCCGACGGGUCUGCCGAUGUUCACGCCGCGCCACCCGUCGCCGUUUAUCCCGCGCUCGACGGCGCUUGUGUUCCACCCGACUGAGAUGCUGUUUGGCGUUGGGCAGCCGGAUGGGAGCGUGAGGAUUACUGGGUGCAAGCUGGGCUGAAGAUGCGAUGGAUAAGAGAGGGUGGAUGGUAUUUGUUUCGUAGUUUUGAAACUCGCGCGUUUUUUGCUGUUGCUGUUCUUGCGAUAUCAUUAUAAUGAUGUAGAGCGUUUGAGCUCGCAUCGCUCGCAUUGUGUACUAUAGAGUGUUUCGCUGCUUAAUGUUUCACUUUACUUCUAGAGCUUGCUCAAA